CAAAUUGAAAUUCAGUUUGGCCGGUUUUGGUCUAGGGGAGAACGUGCUGUUUACAACAAUUUCCAAUAAAAAAGAAACCAUGGACAAACGCGAGGAUGCCUUAAAGGAGGCUUUGCUAAACAAUGCUGCAGAAACCGAACGGUGGAGCACAUAUCUUAAAGAAAAUGAAGCAGCUAAAGAGAAUCUAUUGAUGUUUCAAAAACGACUGAGUGUCGAGGUAAUGGUUCCGGUGGGCAAGAAAGCCCUAAUGCCAGGGCAAUUGAUACACACCAACGAAGUAUUGGUGGGCCACUAUCAGGGAUACUUUUCCAAAUGUUCAGCCCAUAAGGCAGCAGAGAUAUGUGAUCUACGUAUUAGGACGGCAAAAGAACAUUUAAAAAAAUUGGAAACAGAACUGGAACUAUGGCAAAAUAAAUUGGAAAAACCCUAUACAGAAGGUGUGAUUCCCAGUGGGGAAGAACGUGAAAUCAUCGAAGAGUACAAUGAGGAACAAGAAAAGCUGUGGAAGGAGCAGCAUAAAAUUCGUUUAAGGGAAGCCAAACAAAAGGAGAAAAAGCAGCGCGACCGAGAACAUUUAGAAGAGCCUGAAAAAGGUGUACCAAGUACAGAAAAGUCAGAGGAGGAAAUAUUUAAAAUGCUAGAGGAAGCUGAAAUAAUGGAAGAAUUGGAAGAGGAAUUGCAAAAUCUGCAAGUCGAUGAGGUAAACGAUGAAACCAUACGAAAGCUUAUGUCAGGCGAAAUGUAUUUGCCACCCGAAAAGAAAAGGGUGGCCCAUAACAUUGCUGCCAAAGAAAAAGAAACUGAGGAGAAUCUACUGCAAGCAAAUAUUGUAAAAAAGGCUACAAUCAAAAAGAAGGUGAUGACCACAAACAACAAUGUACUGCCCAAUCCUGACUUUGAGGAAAAUAAUAACAUGGCAGAGGAGGAUACAGAUGAAGAAUCUUUGCCUGAGGAAGUUCGUAUCAUCAAAGAGCAGGCAAAGUUUCUUAGCAUUGAUGAUCAGAUUGGUUUCUAUGAAUAUCAAAUUGAAAUUCUAAGACAAAAACUAAGAACGCUGCCCUUAAAUAAUCAAGAGGAUAUGGAGGAGAAAAUUCGACUUUUAACAGUGCUUGAGAAUAUGGAAGAACUGCUGGACUCUGCAGAAACUGCUGCAGGAAAUGAAGAACUGGCAGAACACGAGGCGAUUGCAGAAAACGAGAUAACCGACAAAGUGCUAAACAAGGAAGAUGCCAAUGAUAGGCAAGGAAAAAGCGAACAAACUAAAGUAAAUCAAAAGCGACGCAUUUCAUUCGCUUUGGAGGAUCAAACUCUAGAGUUUCGUAAAAACGAGGCAGUGACCCAGAUGUUACCAGAGAAAAAGGAAAAUUCCACAAGAGAUGUUAUCACAUUAGAUGAUAGUGAUCAAAUGCCAAAAACUUAUGAAAACGAAAUUAUUCCCACAUCUCCUUUAUCAGUUGUAAAUAGAAAAGAUCUCAUAAAGGCAAAGGUUGAACAAAAUUUACAAUUUGUUUCCGAGACCCAAAGUAAACAGGACUUUGAUUUGGUCAAUAAGAUCUUAGAAACGUCCAUGGGUAAAAUUAAUACUUUACACAUUAAAUUUAAACAUUCCACAAAUAGUCCGGUACCGUAUCAUUAUCCAGAGGAUAAUAAAAACUGUUCUAUACCCGGCUCACCGGCCGAUUUCUAUAAUUUGUAUCUUAAAUCUGUGGAAUGCGCAAAAGAUCCAGAGCCCUCGACUUUAUUUAUUAACAGCUAUGAUGGAGAGGAUCAGGUAAAAACUCCGGUGCUUAAGGAAUCGGACAGACAACAAGCCUUUGAAGAUCCCAAAGCUGAGUUUUCAAAUCCCAAAUCAAUAUUAAGGAACAAGGAAGCAAUUGAAAAGGAAAAUAUCAAUCUGCAACAAAAGUCAGAGAAUGUGGAUAAAAAAGGAAAGAAACCAAAGAAGAAAAGAACUCCCAAGGAAGAGGAAGAAAUAACUAGUGCCUACUAUAAGGUUAUGCAUGAUGUUGUAGAAAAACCUUUGACUGAACCUGAACCCUUACCCGAUGGAAAAUAUAUUGAUGCUCAUGCUCCAAAACGAAGAGUAAGUCGUUUCAAGCAAAUGCGCCAGAGUACGGAGAAAACGUAAAAUACUCCAGGCUGCUAAACGUGUUUGGAUAUUAAAAAAAAAAACACCACAAUAGUUUAAGAUUUAACAUGUCUACUAUAAUAUAUUAUCAUUAAUAUUAAUAUUAUAAUAAUUAGCAAAUAAAAUCAAAACUGAAAAAUA